UCUCCCCUCCCCGCCGCUGUCCUGCUCGAUCUCCGUUCCUCGGGACGCGCGGCUGGGCUCCGUGUGGCGCUGUCCGCGCCGCCAGCAGCGCCCGUUCGCCCGAGGCGCGUGGGGCGCCCCCGCAGCCCGGCGAAUGCUGCGGCUAGGGGUGGUGGGAGCAGCCGUGGGACGUGUGGCCGGGAGCGGGGGUGACAGCCUGGGAUUCCGGGGUCUUCUCUUCCUUGUCCUCCUCCUCUCCUCUCUAUUCCCAGUGUGGCCGUGGCUGACACUAAAGACUUUGUAGCCAUCAACCCGGGUGCAGUUUCGAUGGAAAAUGAAGGUUGCACGUUUUCAAAAAAUACCUAAUGGUGAAAAUGAGACAAUGAUUCCUGUAUUGACAUCAAAGAAAGCAAGUGAAUUACCAGUCAGUGAGGUUGCAGGUAUUCUCCAAGCUGAUCUUCAAAAUGGCUUAAACAAAUCUGAAGUUAGUCAUAGGCGAGCCUUCCAUGGCUGGAAUGAGUUUGAUAUUAGUGAAGAUGAACCAUUAUGGAGGAAGUAUAUUUCGCAGUUUAAAAAUCCCCUUAUUAUGCUGCUUCUGGCUUCUGCAGUCAUCAGUAUUUUAAUGCAUCAGUUUGAUGAUGCUGUCAGUAUCACUGUGGCAAUACUGAUUGUCGUCACUGUGGCCUUUGUUCAGGAAUAUCGUUCAGAAAAAUCUCUAGAAGAAUUGAGUAAACUUGUCCCACCAGAAUGCCAUUGUGUGCGUGAAGGAAAAUUGGAGCAUACACUUGCCCGAGACUUGGUUCCAGGUGACACAGUUUGCCUUUCUGUGGGAGACAGAGUUCCUGCGGACUUACGCUUAUUUGAGGCUGUAGAUCUAUCCAUUGAUGAGUCCAGCUUGACAGGCGAGACAACUCCUUGUUCUAAGGUGACAGCUCCUCAAGCUGCUGCUGCUAAUGGAGAUCUUGCAUCCAGAAGUAACAUUGCCUUCAUGGGAACGCUGGUCAGAUGUGGCAAAGCAAAGGGUAUUGUCAUUGGAACAGGAGAAAAUUCUGAAUUUGGAGAGGUUUUUAAGAUGAUGCAAGCAGAAGAAGCACCCAAAACUCCUCUGCAGAAGAGCAUGGACCUCUUAGGCAAACAGCUGUCCUUUUACUCUUUUGGUAUAAUAGGUAUCAUCAUGUUGGUUGGCUGGUUACUAGGAAAAGACAUUUUGGAAAUGUUUACUAUUAGUGUAAGUUUGGCUGUAGCAGCAAUUCCUGAAGGUUUGCCUAUUGUGGUCACAGUGACACUAGCCCUUGGUGUUAUGAGAAUGGUGAAGAAAAGGGCUAUUGUGAAGAAACUACCUAUUGUUGAAACACUUGGCUGCUGUAAUGUGAUUUGCUCAGAUAAAACUGGAACAUUGACAAAGAAUGAAAUGACCGUCACUCACAUAUUUACUUCAGAUGGUCUGCAUGCUGAGGUUACUGGAGUUGGCUAUAAUCAGUUUGGUGAAGUAAUUGUUGAUGGUGAUGUUGUUCAUGGAUUCUAUAACCCAGCUGUUAGCAGAAUUGUUGAGGCGGGCUGUGUGUGCAAUGAUGCUGUGAUUAGGAACAACACUCUGAUGGGAAAGCCAACGGAAGGAGCCUUAAUUGCUCUUGCGAUGAAGAUGGGUCUUGAUGGACUGCAACAAGACUAUAUCAGAAAAGCUGAAUAUCCUUUUAGUUCUGAGCAAAAGUGGAUGGCUGUUAAGUGUGUACACCGAACACAGCAGGAUAGACCAGAGAUUUGUUUUAUGAAGGGUGCUUAUGAACAGGUGAUUAAGUAUUGUACUACAUACAACAACAAAGGUCAGACUUUGGCACUUACUCAGCAGCAGAGAGAUCUUUAUCAACAAGAGAAGGCAAGGAUGGGCUCAGCAGGACUCAGAGUUCUUGCCUUGGCUUCUGGUCCGGAAUUGGGACAGCUGACCUUCCUUGGCCUGGUAGGAAUCAUUGAUCCUCCUAGAACUGGUGUGAAAGAAGCUGUUACAACACUUAUUGCCUCAGGAGUUUCCAUCAAAAUGAUUACUGGAGAUUCACAGGAGACUGCAAUUGCAAUAGCCAGUCGUCUGGGAUUGUAUUCUAAAACUUCCCAGUCAGUGUCUGGAGAAGAAGUAGAUACUAUGGAAGUCCAGCAGCUUUCACAAAUAGUACCAAAGGUUGCAGUAUUUUAUAGAGCAAGCCCAAGACACAAGAUGAAAAUUAUUAAGUCUCUACAGAAGAAUGGGUCAGUUGUAGCCAUGACAGGAGAUGGAGUAAAUGAUGCAGUUGCUCUGAAGGCUGCAGACAUUGGAGUUGCAAUGGGCCAGACUGGCACUGAUGUUUGCAAAGAGGCUGCAGAUAUGAUCUUGGUGGAUGAUGAUUUUCAAACCAUAAUGUCUGCAAUUGAGGAGGGUAAAGGCAUUUAUAAUAAUAUUAAAAAUUUUGUUAGAUUUCAACUGAGCACGAGUAUAGCAGCAUUAACUUUAAUCUCAUUGGCUACGUUAAUGAACUUUCCUAACCCUCUCAAUGCAAUGCAGAUUUUGUGGAUCAAUAUUAUUAUGGAUGGACCCCCAGCUCAGAGCCUUGGAGUAGAGCCAGUGGAUAAAGAUGUCAUUCGCAAACCUCCUCGAAACUGGAAGGACAGCAUUUUGACAAAAAAUUUGAUACUUAAAAUACUUGUUUCAUCAAUAAUCAUUGUUUGUGGGACUUUGUUUGUCUUCUGGCGAGAGCUUCGAGACAAUGUGAUAACACCACGAGACACAACAAUGACUUUCACUUGCUUUGUGUUUUUUGACAUGUUCAAUGCACUAAGUUCCAGAUCUCAGACCAAGUCUGUGUUUGAGAUCGGACUCUGCAGUAAUAAGAUGUUUUGCUACGCAGUUCUUGGAUCCAUCAUGGGACAGUUACUUGUUAUUUACUUCCCUCCACUUCAGAAGGUUUUUCAGACCGAGAGCCUAAGUAUACUGGAUCUGUUGUUUCUUUUGGGUCUUACCUCAUCAGUGUGCAUUGUGUCUGAAAUUAUAAAGAAGGUUGAAAGAAGUAGGGAAAAGAUUCAGAAGAAUGCUAGUUCAACAUCAUCGUCUUUUCUUGAAGACUUGUCCCUGGCUGUACCCUUCUUUUCUCCCCGUGAAGAUUACUUCUUUAGGCUUUUUGAUCCCAUAGUAGCUAAGCUUCAAAGAAGAAAAGAGAUAACCUUGAAAUAAUGCACCAGAUGCUGAACACUGACCAUGCCUGUGCCAGGCACUGGGAGAUCCUGAGGUGAAGUAAUAGUGAAGUUACACAACCCAAGGAGCCCCACCCUCAGAGUGUAGGAUUUUUCCAACAGUAUCAACUACCUUUAUGAGAAUAAGAUAUGUUGUUUUUCACAUUUUACACUCAUUCACUGCACAUCUGAUAAAAUGGUAAUCUUUCUGAAAUUGAAAUUGCUUUAAUUUUGGAUCUCUGAGUUUUGUCCACACUUAAAAUAGUUUUUCACUGAAAUGAAUUGGUAACCACAGUAACUAUCCAUUUAUGAAUUAAUUAACAUUACAUUGCUUUCUGCCUGUUGCCUGGCAAUGUAUGUGCAGUUUGUUUGGCUUGAAUAACUCAAAACAAGCUGUGAAAUGAACUGAUUACUUUUCCAUUCAAAUUUUAUUCAGUAACUGAGUGUACUGGGAAUACAAUGGCAUUCUUGCCCUUUAGUACGUCUUGAAGAGGAAAAGCAGAUAAAAAACAUUAAGAAGCUAUUUUAUCAAUGUUAAUAGUGAUCUUUGUGCAUUUCUUUUAAAAGUACACAUACAUUAAAAUAAAUACAGCACACAUUGUACUUUAGCAUUUGAAAAUCUUUGAAGUGGCUUUUCACACUAAGCUCUGUGAUCUAAAAGUGGUGUGUACACUAACAUGAAGACAUAAAAUAUUAAUCUCAUUUGUCUGUGACUGAAUAAACAGAUUACCCUUA